AAGCAAGGAAGGGAGAAGAUGCAGGAAGCCCAAGAAGACAACCUUCACCAGACCUUACUGGAUCUGAAGGUGAAAACCUCUGUUUUAGAGGUUCCACAGGUGGAGCGGGAAAAGAUGACCAGUAGGACCAUGGAGAUGGUCAACACGUAUGAUGACAACAUCAGAAACCUGACCUGGGGACCGGUCAAGACAUCGGACCAGGGAAGUCUUCCAGCUGUUGACGAAAUUGAGGAAGGUCCAUCUGAAUAUGAAUUGGUAAUGCAAGACUUCAACGCUCACUUGGUGAAUGCCGGAGUCAACCCAGGUCAUCCGACGUUCUUUGGUGCAAUUCCCACUGGCGGUGGCACAUAUCCCGCUUCCUUGGGCGCCUUCAUUCCCGCAACGUUUGCUACAUACUCAGGUGUCCAUUUGAAGAGGACUUCAAUUGUUGAGAUGGAGAACAAACUGAUCACGUGGGUGGCAGACCUGUUUGGGUAUCCCGCAGGGCAUGCUGGGAACAUCUCAUCAGGGGGUUCUCUCGCCACUCUCACAGCGUUAGCUGUCGCAUGGGACAGCAGGGAGCUGAAAGCAGCAGACUUUCACAGAUGCGUGAUCUAUUGUAGCGAGUUUGCCCAUGAUGCCGUAAAGAAGGGACUUCGAGCCGUUGGGAUGAGGGAAGCUACUCUGAGGACAGUUCAGGUGGACAAGUUGUUCAAGAUGACAGCAGCGGCUCUCGAAAGACAGAUCUUGGAGGACAAGAAAGCAGGUUUGUUGCCCUUUCUGGUGGCGGCAACUGUGGGCACCACGCUGACCGGAAGUGUGGAUCCUGUGAACGACAUCGCUGACGUGUGUGACCGUCACCAACUCUGGCUCCACGUUGAUGCCGCGUAUGGAGGGUUCUUCGCUCUCUGUGACGAAGUGAAACAGCUGUUUGCUGGUGUUGAGCGGAGCGAUUCCAUUGUAGUUAAUCCACACAAAGGGUUGUUUGUACCCUGUGGUGUUGGCGUUCUGGUGGUGAAAGAUGGAAAGAAGCUCCAACAGUGCUGUUCCAUGGAUCACACACCUACCUACUUCAGGGGAGCUCCAAUGUUUUCAGCUGAACAUCUGUCUCCAUCUGAACUCUCCUUUGAACUCACCAGGCCUUUCAGAGGUGCUCAGAUGUGGCUGCCACUGAAAAUGUUUGGUGUUGGAGUUUUCCGUGAGGCGCUGAAAGAGAAACUUCUACUGGCACGGUACCUCUAUGGGAAACUGAAAGAAACGGGUCAGUUCGAGCUGCCACUGGAGCCGAAACUCACCGUGGUCCUGUUCCGUGCUACAGCGCCACCUGGCGUCGACAGCAACAACUUCAACCAACAGCUCUUUGACGGCCUGAAUUCUGACGGGAAAAUCUUCAUGACGCCCGCCGUACUUUCCGAUCAGUUUUACCUGCGUGUCUGUGUCCUGUGCUUCAGGACCCACAUUGAACAUCUUGAUCUUUGCUUCUCUUUGAUCCAAGAGAAACGUCUGCAUAUUUGGGAAUUACUUCGCUGUGAUGCCUAAACUUUUACAGUUAACUACCAUUGUAUGAUAUGGUGUUUAAAAAGGUGUUUUGACGAAACCUAUACACUUCUUGUUUGUUUGU